GGAAAAUUUGGUUUGGAUUUUAGAGAGACGGGAGAGAUGGCAGAAGUGGAGAUGAGAAGCGAACUGAGCAAGUCUGUAAUGGAAGAUAUUACACAGAGAUUAUCAUCACUUGAUAAUCUGUACUUCCCGAGAUCAGUUCAAGACACCUCCUCCAUCACUAAUCCUUCCGAAAGAAAAUCCAUUCUAUUUAAUCUUCUUUCACGCGACACUGCUGUCUUCCUAGAAAGAUAUGGAACAGAAUUAAGAAGCGAAGAACUGGAUGAGUUUGAUGUAUUGAAAGAAGAUUAUGAAAUAAGUUGGCACUUAAACAAUUUAAGGAAGGUACUCAGUCCAACAACGGAGGAUAACAAAUGUAGGUCAAUUACAGUAAAGAAUAGAAGAAGAGCUUAUUUGGAUAAAUUAAUUAAUGAUGGAAAUUACUUUUCUGAAGAUUCAAUGAGAGAAAGAGAACCUUAUUUACACCAUGAGUAUUUAGGAAAAUACCAGGAUCCUUUUGGUAGAAGUAUGGCUAGACCUGGUGAAAAAUGGUCUGAUACAUUGAUGAGACGUUACGAAGAAACGAUCUUGGUUACUAAGAUUAGAGGAGAACAGCAAAGAUUAGGGGUUGAUGAGAAGGAGUGGGUUGGGGGGGAUGUUAAACAACAGGAGGAGGAAGAAAAAGAAGAAGAAGAGGAGGAGGAGGAGGAGGAGGAGGAGGAAGAGGAUGAAGAUGAAGAUGAAGAUGAAGAUGACAAAGAACCUGCAAAGGAAAACGAUAAUCCACGUGCUUCUGAGGUGGUCGUUGAUAUGGAACCUGCCAACAGUGACCAGGGCAGCGGCAUGGAUAUCGGGGAGAGAGAAGCUUUAUCUGUUGCAGAGAUGGAAGAUCAAAUGGAACAAUUCACCCACAUUAUGCAACAGAAGUUUCUGACUGGUGAAGAUUCUCAGCAUUUGGACUACUCUAAAAUAGACAAUGAUGAAGCACUAGACGAACACUGGUUCAGGGAGGCCAACCAUGAUGCCGAGGAAAAGUACUUUGACGAAGAUGAAGAAUCUAAUUUCUGAGUUUUGUUUCUUCACCUCUCCUUCAAUCAUUAGGUACUAAAAACUCUUCUCUGGAGUAGGUUCUCACUGCAACUAAUUAUGUUAAUUAACCUUGUAUAUUAAAGUCAAAUUUUGCUGCUGCUGCCAGUAUUCAGAUCCUUCUUUCUUAGUUUUCCUAAUGCUAUAAAUCAGCUAGGAAAUAUGGUGAAAUUAUGCUUGGAGGUUAUCUUGAUGUUUUUCUUA